GACAAGCUCUCGAAGAACUCGUCCCAAUUGGAUCUGCUGUUGGAACUGUUGGACCUCCAGAAAGAGAUGGUGAUUAUGAUGUUGUCGAUGCUCGAGGGAAACGUUAUGAACGGCACGAUCGGUAAACAAAUGGUGGACACACUCGUGGAGAGCGCCGCCAAUGUUGAGAUGAUUCUCAAGUUUUUCGACAUGUUUCUCAAACUCAAAGAAGUGAUCACUUCCGCCGCGUUUCAGGAGAUCGACAAGAAGAACAUCGGUUGGGUGACCGCCAAAGACUUCCAGAAGGCGAUGGAACAGCAGAAGAUCUACGCGCCGGAAGAGAUCCAAUACCUGAUGUCGUGCUGUGAGCCCAACCACGACGGCCUCAUCGACUACCGCGAGUUCACCGAACGCUUCCACAAUCCGGCCAAAGACAUCGGCUUCAAUCUGGCCGUCCUGUUGACCAACCUAUCGGAACACAUGACAAACGACCCGCGACUGCAGCGGUUCCUCGAGACGGCCUCAUCGGUGCUCAACUAUUUCGAGAACUUCUUGGGCCGCAUAGAGAUCAUGGGUUCGUCCAAACGGAUCGAAAGGAACUUCUUGGGCCGCAUAGAGAUCAUGGGUUCGUCCAAACGGAUCGAAAGGGUGUACUUCGAGAUCAAAGAGGAGACCAUUAAUCAGUGGGAGAAACCGCAGAUCAAAGAGUCGAAGCGCGCGUUCUUCUACUCGAUUGUCACCGAAGGCGGAGAUAAGGAGAAGUUGGAAGCGUUUGUCAACUUCUGCGAAGACGCCAUCUUUGAGAUGCAACACGCGAGCAGUAUAUCCAUGGAGGACGACGAAGAGCCCACCAAAGCAGGUGACUACCCCUACCCGGGCAGCGAAGAGGCGCCCGCGUCGUCACUGGAACCGAUCCGAAACCUAUUCCGAUACGUAUGGCUACGACUGUGCAAACUGUUCGGUCACCUCAAGCCCUCAAAUCUGCGCAAACAGUGGCAACGACUCAAAGAGAAGACAUACUUCGAGCUGUUUAUCGGCUUUUUUAAGCUCACAUUCGGUUCGCUGUUUUUGGGCGGAUAUACCAUAUAUUACAUCAACAAAUGUGUCUUCAAAUUCAUACUCAAACUCAUGACCGGUGAGCCGAUCGCCGGCGGCGACGGUUACGGACCCGACGACUACGAGUACGAGUACGACACCGGCGGCACCGAUAAGGCGCUUAUGCCGGCCGGCGGUUCGCCCUCCGCCGCCGCCGCGGCCCAGACUCCACUCCCGGACACAACGCGUAUGGCUAUUAUGAGUGCCGAAGACAGCGCCGCGGCUUCAGUAGCGACUGAUGGUGUCGGCGAUCACCAGCCAAACGGACAGUUGCCCGACGGCGACAGUCCGAUGGCUGACGGCAAGCACAGGACGAACGGCGAUCUUAAGGCUAUGGACGGCGAGGCUGUUGUCGCCGCUGAAGAUCAGGAAACGGCUGGCGCUGAAGAACAGAUGAUGGCGGCCGAGUCCCCGCCUCCGACGGCACCGCCUAUGGUUCCCGUCGAAGACGCCGGCGGUAACGGCGGAGCCGGUGGUAGCGGUAAAGCGACGGCCGACGCACCGGUGGUGAACUCUAUGCCAAAUGUGGCCAACUAUACGAAGCGAUUUGUGUAUUGGUUGGCCAGAAAUCUAUACACAUUUAAAAAGAUCGCUCUGUUUAUGGCGUUUAUCAUCAAUUUGAUGCUUCUCUUCUACAAAGUGACCAGUUUUAUACCCGACGGCGACGGCGGCGACUCCGACGGCACCGAUGCCGGCGAUGACGGCUCGGCUGAGGCGGCGGUCGAUGCCGUGGCCGACAUUAUAGAGGAGGUGACCACUGCGGCGGCCGAUCUAUUAACAGGUGGCGACGGAGGAGGAGAUCCGGGCGGCGGUGACGACGACGGCGACGACAACGUGAUCGAGUGGCUCCAGAUGGAGGAGGGCUGGUACUACUUGGAGCCGGUGCUCCGCGGGCUGGCGCUGCUCCACUCUCUGCUCUCGUUUUGUAUGCUAAUCGCGUACUACAACCUCAAAGUACCACUCAUUAUCUUCAAGCGGGAGAAAGAGGUCGCGCGACUCAUGGAGUUUGACGGCCUGUAUAUCAGCGAACAGCCCGAAGACGACUACCGGGCCCAGUGGGACAAACUGGUGAUCAGCACCCGGAGCUUUCCCGUGAAUUACUGGGACAAGUUUGUGAAGAAGCGCGUGCGGGCC